AAAAUGAAAUUAAAAUAUAUACUUCCCUUCCACAGAGCUUCCAACUGCAAUCUGCCUGUCGCUCGCCACCCCCAAAACGAAAACAACAAUAUACACAUCAUCAACCUUUGCACGUGCUUUCCUUCUUUCCUCUCUCUCUGUCUCUUUCUUUCAUCUGCCAUAAUAGUCGGACACAGCUCCCAGGAACAAAGGGAGACAUCAUGAAAGAGAGAAUAAAAGCAAACAACGUAUAGGCACCAACACCAAAGCCAACAGAGGAGGCGCUGAUUUUUUUUUUGUUUUUGAAUUAAAGCUUAUGUAUUUACGACGUCGUAGCGGGGGAAGCCAGAACGGAGAGACAGAGAUCCAAAAGUUUUUGGUUUACUAAAUGCACGCAAAAAACAGGAUACCGAGCAGCGGCCACUCCACACCCUCACCGCCACAAUCGCCGCUUCGUUCCCCGAGGUAUCGCCACGGUAGCCGCUCCAAGCGCUUUACUCCGGCGUCCCACCCGCCAGGUCGGACCGUUGCUCAUCGUCUCGCUUGGCUUUUUCUUUCUGUCCUUCUCCGCCGCCAGGGGAUUUUUCUAUUUGCCCCUCUUAUUUACAUAUCUGGUAUGCUUUUGUAUAUGGGAACGGUAUCGUUUGAUGUCGUUCCUGUCAUUAAGCAUAAGCCUGCUCCUGGGUCUGUCUAUCGGAGUCCUCAGCUUUAUCAAAAGCUCCGACCUGAAAUGGACGCGGAUAAUUCUUCUGCUGAUGCGCUAUCAACAAUAUGGAAAAACUCAUAUAAAGGUGGUGAGUGGAGAUCAUGUGUGAACAAGUCUUCGGGAGAGUUACCUGAAUCAAAUGGUUACAUAUAUAUUGAGGCGAAUGGUGGCCUGAAUCAGCAGAGGACAUCGAUAUGUAAUGCAGUUGCUGUGGCAGGCUAUCUAAAUGCAACACUUCUUAUCCCAAAUUUUCAUUUUCAUAGCAUUUGGAAAGAUCCCAGCAAAUUUAGAGAUAUUUAUGAUGAAGAUUAUUUCGUCAGUAGCUUGGAAAAUGACGUAAGGGUGGUUGAUAAGAUUCCUGGAUAUCUUAUGGAGCGUUUUGAUCAUAACUUGACCAAUGUCUACAACUUCAGAGUGAAAGCGUGGUCAUCCAUUCAGUACUACAGGGAUAUUGUCCUUCCAAGGCUACUUGAGGAAAAGGUCAUAAGGAUUUCUCCUUUCGCAAAUCGAUUGUCAUUUGAUGCUCCUCCAGCUGUCCAGCGGCUUAGAUGCCUAGCAAAUUAUGAAGCAUUAAGGUUUUCAAAUCCCAUAUUAAGUCUGGGAGAAAAUUUGGUGGGAAGAAUGAAGGAACGCAGUGUGAACCACGGUGGAAAGUAUGUUUCUGUGCAUCUUCGCUUUGAGGAGGACAUGGUUGCUUUCUCCUGCUGUGUUUUUGAUGGUGGAGCAGAAGAAGAAAAGGACAUGAUAGCAGCCAGAGAAAGAGGUUGGAAAGGAAAAUUUACAAAGCCUGGUCGCACUAUACGUCCUGGAGCAAUAAGGCUCAAUGGGAAGUGUCCCCUUACUCCUUUAGAGGUGGGCUUGAUGCUUCGAGGGAUGGGUUUUGAUAAGAACACAUAUAUCUACUUGGCAUCAGGAAAGAUAUACAAUGCUGAAAAAUACAUGGCCCCACUGUUGGAAAUGUUCCCAAAUUUGCUAACUAAAGAAAUGCUGGCAUCUGAGGAUGAACUUGCGCCGUUUAAGAACUAUUCUUCCAGGAUGGCAGCUAUAGACUACACUGUCUGUCUUCACAGUGAGGUAUUUGUAACAACCCAAGGUGGAAACUUUCCUCAUUUUUUGAUGGGCCAUAGGAGAUUUUUGUAUGGCGGACACUCCAAGACAAUCCGGCCAGACAAGCGAAAGUUAGCUUUGCUUUUGGAUAAUCCAAAUCUAGGAUGGAAGAGCUUCAAACGACAUAUGCUGAAUAUGCGCUCGCACAGUGAUUCCAAAGGGUUUGAGCUCAAAAGGCCAAAUGAUUCUAUAUAUUCCUUUCCAUGCCCAGAUUGCAUGUGCCGUAUGAACAAGACAGAAUCAAGAUCAUCCGCUACAUGAUUUGCUGGGGAAUAUUUUGAUGGUUGGUUUUUCUGUCUGUAUUUCGAUGAGCAGACCUUGCUGCUGACCCCCAUUUUUGUCUCAUAAUUCUUUCAUUUUUUCCCCUUUUCCCCUCCGGUGAGAGGGCAUAAACUUCAAUUUUGGGAGCUUUAAAGAUUUAUUGGAGAUCAUCGUCAUAUGAUUAUUAGGGGCUGGAUAUAGGGGGAACUGCGUUUUUCUGUACAUGAUGCCGGAAAACAUAGAAAGAGCAUUCUUUAAUUGCAGGAUUUUCCGGGCAUUAACUGAGCAUUAUUUUUAUACAUGCUUCUACAGCUGCUGUAUCUAACAAGCUGUAUAAUGAUACAUGUGAUUCUUUCCUACCCUGGUUUUGUCGUGUUUGUAAAUUAGUUGGGGUUUGAUCCAUCUGUAGGACCUUAGAGACCAGCUGAAGGAGUUGUGUACAUUUGAUUACAGAUCAGGGUAUUGAUUUUUUUUUCCUAUCUUAUCAUGUCUAUAGAUACUCUUUUAUUUCAUUUUCUUUACUGGAAAAAAAGAAUUAUUUGUUCAGUGUCUA